AUGUAUAUUAAUUAUUUUUUUUUAUUAUCAACAAUUUUUCAUGUUAUAUACACAUAUAAAAUUCUCGUAGUGAAUCCAAAAAUUGCAUAUUCGCAUGUCAAUUUUUUUUCACAAAUUGCUGAUAUUUUAACAGAUGCUGGACAUGAUGUAACUGUUCUUACCAUUGAUAUGGACCCUACAAUAACACAUCCAGGUGCUUAUAAAGCUAAGGUUAUUUCAGUUCCUGUUUCAAACGAAGUAAAAGAUAUGUUUUCUGAUACUAUUGGUGGUGAUUUUUUGUGGAAGUUAACUCCAAGUAUAUUUUCACAACUUAAGCUUUUAACAAAAUCUGUUGAGUGUAUUAAAAAACAAUCAUUAGAUGUUCUUUAUAAUGAAGAAUUAACAGAAAUAAUAAGAAAAGAAAAAUUUGACAUAGGAAUUGCAGAAGCAUUCAAUAAAAACAUUUUUGGAUUAUUAAAAGUCAUGGGAAUAAAAACUUAUGUAUGUGGUCUUUCAAUGUCAUUAAUAGACACUCUUUAUAGAGAUUUUGGAUUACCAUUUCCAUCAUCUUUUAUUCCUUGUCAAAUGGCACCAUAUACUGAUAAAAUGACAUAUUUGGAAAGAUUUCAAAAUUUUAUUUCUCAUCAUAUUGGUUCUAUAGUCUUUUCUUUAUUUGAUAAUGUAAUAAGCAUACAAAGUGAAAUUAACUCAAAAUAUGGAGAAGGAUUUUUUGAUAGUCAAAAUGCUGUUGGUGAUUGUUCAUUUGUAAUUAUCAAUUCAAAUCCUUUCUUAGAUAUUCCUGGUCCAAAAACACAAAAAAUGAUUGAAGUUUCUGGUAUUGGUAUUAAAGAUAGUAAACCUCUUAGUAGUUAUUGGAAUGAAAUUCUUUCAUUAAGAAAUCAAACUGUUUUAAUAUCAUUUGGAACAUUUGCUAAAACUAUAAAUAUGCCACAAGAUUUUAAAGAUGGAAUUUUAGAGACAAUAAAAAGAUUAAAUAAUAUAACAUUUAUAUUAAAAUAUGAAAAUCCAGAAGAUGGUAUUGGAAAAGAUAUUGAAAAUUUAGUAAUUAGUAAAUGGUUUCCUCAAAGUGAUUUAUUAAAUGAUUCCAGAUUAUCAUUAUUUGUAACACAUGGUGGUAUGGGUAGUAUAACAGAGCUUUCAUUUAAAGGAGUACCAGCUGUAGCAAUUCCUUUGAUGGGAGAUCAAUUAAGAAAUUCAAAAUUACUUGAAAAACAUAAAACUGGAAUUGUUAUGAAUAAAUUAGACUUAGUAAAUCCUGAAGUUUUAGCAAAACAUAUAAAAACAAUUUUAAACGAUGAAACUUAUAAAAAAAAUGCUCAAAUAGUAUCAAGAAGAUUAAACAAAAGACCUAUUGGAUCUAAAGAACUUCUAAUUAAACAUGUAGAAUUUGCUGCAGAAUUUGGAAAAUUAGAUGUAUUAGAUUUAGCCAGUAGAAAUAUGAGUACAAUUGAAUAUUAUAAUCUUGAUAUUAUUAUACCAAUAUUAGUAGGAACAUUAUCAAUUAUAUUCUUUUUUAUCUUUGGAAUUUUUAAAUGUGUUAAAAAAUGCUUACAACCAAAGAUUAAAAAUGAUAGAUACAACUUUUCAUUGUUAAAAUGA